GGCAACAUGCGCUGCCCGGAACAAGAGAGCAGAUCAUUGUUGACAACUGUGGCUUGUCUGCAAACUUCUCCAGUUUUCAGAACAAUGAGUUCAUCUGAAAUGCUUUCGAUAGGCUUUGUAGUGACAUCAAUUGGUUCUCCCCAGUACUAGCUAAGUGAACCACCAGCUGUUGAAUGAUACAAGAUUUAACUCGUACCAUUUCAGACCAUCUGGUGAUAAGCGUUAGCUAGCUAGCUAGCAGGGUUUAGCUGCAGAGACUCAGCAGCAUGGGGGAUGGAAGGAUCACUCCCAGGAUCGGCAGCAUGAGAACUCUGCUCGGGAUAGUUGCCGGUGCUGGAGCGUCCUAUGGGAUAUACAAACUUAUCAGCAUGGGAGGCAUGAAGAGAAACAAGAAAAGUGUCACCAGUGAAAGUCCUGGUCCCAGGAGCAGCUCACCCAGUGAAGUGACCCUGCAGCCGGGGAGCCUGCUGGCCAAAGUGUCUGGACUGGACGUGGUCUGUCCUCGACCUGCAGAUAUCGCGUCUGGUAAAAAGCACUGAGCUCAUAAAAUCUAGAGAUACUUAUUCUUGAUAACAUCUUUACCUUAAUGAAUUUAUGCAAAUAGUUUAUCUAAAGUCAUAUUGAAAGUCAGCCUCUUAUACAGGAUAUUUACAAUACUUUGAGAACUGAUAGUUGCUGCAGAAGUGACUCAGCACACCGCAAUCACGGUUAAUAGUGUUAUCAAUGUGGUGUGUACAGGUGACAUCAUCCACCAGUCUCCUGACAACCUGGACCCACAGCACCUGAAGAUGCUGCUGUCAUGUCUGCAGACCAACACUAAUCCAUCUGACAAAUGCCGGAUCCUUGUUACAUUAGGAAAUGCUGCUGCCUUUACUGUGAAUCAGGUAUAGUAAGAUGUAGGGGAGAGUGGGGUAAGUUGAGCCAAAGGGUAAGUUGAGCCACCCCCUGUUACUUGGAAAUAGUAAAAGAAAUUGAUCAUGACCAAAAAUUGAGGAGAUGGUAUCUAUGAGCUACAACAUGUGGUCAAAGUAGGGAUACGGCUCAACUUACCCCGUCUAUGGGGUAAGUUGACCAUAGGAGACCACUUUUUUGGCAUGCUAUGUUAUCAAGACAGUUAUGUUUACACUCAUUCUGUUGGUUUGCAGGGAUGCACAACAUCUUGAAAUAUAUGCAGAUACACUAGUUGGAGACAAAACUAUGAUUGCCUUGAUGUAGUGGUCUGAAAUAUGAAAAAUGGCUCAUCUUACCCCACUCUCCUCUACUCUCUAUCAGAAAAUAAGCUGAAAAGCUUGCCAUGACUGUUGGUUGAAGGUUAUAAAUCUUAAGGUUUCUUUUGCUUGUGAAAUAAAAUUUUGUUCUUUGCAGAAUCUAAUUCGGGACUAUGAUGGGAUUCACAUUAUCGCUGGUUUCCUCUCAGAUUCUGUGGCAGAAGUUAGAGUACAAACUUUGAAUGCUCUAAAUAAUCUGUGUAUGAACAUCCAAAACCAAGAACAAAUCAAGGUAUGGGUUCGCAGAGUGUGCUGUGAAUACCGUUCGGUCAUUUGUUGAGUGUUUAACAGUUUGGUCUGAAAUGUAUCUCACUCAAGUAUGAUGUAAAAAAUAACCUUGUCUUGUAGGUAUACGUGCCACAAGUGCUGGAGCUGAUCGAGAUGUCACCAGUGAACUCUGACCUUCAGCUCGGUGCCCUCCGGCUACUUACAAACCUUUCAGUCACGGAUAAACAUCAACACUUGCUGAAGGAUUCGGUUACACUCUUACUCUCUCUGCUUGUUGUUAGCAUCGAAGCAUUACAGGUUGGUGUCUGCCCAGUUCCCAUCUGGCUAAUCCUCUUUACUUUCUCCAGAAUGACGUAUCUGAACUUGAGUUUUUUAUACCUUAAAGUUUUGAUGAUGGGUGCCAUGACUCUCCAAAUCUAUACUUCCUCUUUUUUUCAUUUUAUUUUGAGGUCAUGUUUGGAUUUGUAACAUUUCUGCACACCAGUCGAUUUGUCGGGGAUAUAUCAUAUUGCAAUUUUCCUUCUUUUGAGUUCAGUGAAGAAAUUACAAACUUAGUUUGAUCAUUUUUGUCUAGUGGUUAAAACCUUUUUACCCUGCUUAUGAAGUAUUUGUCAUUCUGAAACUUUAGAAAUUUAGUGGCUACACUCUGUGAAUGUAGUGUGAGUGACUGAAGUACUUGUUUUAUCUGUGUUACAGGUUCAGGCUCUGAAAGUUCUGGUAAAUUUGUCAUCUAAUCCAGAUAUGAUGGAUGACAUUGUUCAAGCUCAGGUAAGAAACAGAGUCACAUUAUCAGAGCAGUUUGCAUGUUAGCGUACAAUUCAUAUCAAGUCAGGUCUUUCUUUUGGGGCAUGUGUGGACAAACUCUUGGUAGGAAUCCAUCCUUAUUAUCAGUCCUCCUUGAGCUGUUAUUCUUCUGCCUUUUGACUCUAGGCCCCAGCCUCUGUCGUGCUGCUGUAUGACGCUCGGACAGCCUCUCCAGUGCUACUGCGACUGCUGAUGUUCGCAGGGAACUUAAAAGCCUGGAGGCCCUCUGCCCAAGUGGCGGACGAACUGAGGCGGAAGCAGGAUUGCCUCUUCCGGGUCAUGUUAGAUGAGUCCUCCCAGCUGCACAGCAGAGUGGUCCAGCUCCUCUCGCACCCUGAUGAGGAGAUUCAGGCCCAGGUGGCUCGCAUCUUGACGUAGACCCCACACUCUGCACUUUUGAACCAUGCAUAGCUUUAGCUGUUACACACCUCACCAAAGCCACCAACCUCUACUUUAGCUCUGAUUCUGUUGGCUUUACUGUCUGAAAAGAGCCGGCUGCUUUGCCUCCUCUGGAUUUUGUAGUGAACACCUCCACACUCACUUUAAUAUUCUCUCUAUCAACAUUAUCACCACUCAAACCUAAGUUAUUUAUUCUGCCUCACCAGCUACUUUUCACUGAUUUCCAGUUUCUAACUCAGCAUUUCAUUUAUCAGCAAUAAGUUUGCACGAAGCAGGAAGAAACUAUGUGUUUCCAUGUUUUCUUCCUGUCAGCGAAAGUUUCCCUCUUAUUGCCAGAGACUGUUUUUCUUCAAAGCUCCAGAGUGCCCUUCCUUCUGAGAAACUGACCCGCUUUUUUGAAGAUGUAUUUAUUCCAGGUGAAAUUUCUAAAUCCAAACCCACUGCCAAACCUUUUCUAAGAGAAUGUGUCUGAAUGACCUGUGCUGCAUGAGCCAGCUGCUCUGGGAUUCAUAUAGACACUACGAUGGAGAGCUGACAAGGUUCUGUGCUGCACACCUGAGCAUGCCUUGAAGACACGAAUGAAUAGAUGUACUGCAGCUCCAGUCCUCACGAAACGACCAGGGGUUUUGUUGGAUUAAAAGAUUGUGAUCUUCUUUAGAGGGAUAGAUUGCCAGUUUAAUAUACUUGAGAAUCCACAUCGGGACUUCAGUGCCACUUGAGAGCCAAAGCAAGAGUAAAAUGGACAGUGUUUGGCCCCACAGACCCGUGAUCAUGUUUCAAAGGAGCAGGAAGACGCUGAAAUCGAAACACCCCUCCAGUGGCUGUGGUGGAAACCUGCUAAGAACACUAUGUGGGUUACUUUUGAAGGUACACUAACCACGUAUGUGAAACCCCGGUGCUUGUGCAGAAUCUUCCAGAGAGGAGCUGAAGGACACUGCAGGGGAGAGGAUAUCUGGACUGCUGUAGCCAUGUGAACGACCACAUAUAUUGUGUGAUUAUGAUGUUUUUAUCCUCUGACUGUAGUGACAUAUUUUUGAUCAUUAAGUGGCUGUUGUAUGCCAAUAUUGAAUGUUAAAUGAAAGCCUUAUUAUGUACAGUAGUGAUAUCGACUGUAUGUGACAGAGUGAUAGAUGUGUCAUCUAGAUGGAGGACUGGAGUUGACUUUUAAUAUAAAGACUACAGAGAGAAGGCUAUGUAGGGGCAUAUUUGCAUGGAAAAAAAACAGAUGAAUAUCUCAGAUUGUGAUUUUUAAUGCAAGGAUUUUGUAGCACGUCCAGGUGUUAAAAAUGCUGCAAACUUUUAUGUUUUGACUUUAUUGAACCCAAAUCCUAAAGAUCUCUCAGGCUACAUGGUUUACCAGAACAGAAACAGCAGGAGGCUGAUUUACUUGUGACCUAGAUUAUUUUAUUUAUUUAAUGAAGUUAGUCAGCAUUUUGCAUACAAAAUGAGGAAUAUGUUUGUUAUGUGUGGUUCAAUAAACACACAAAGUGUCUCAUUUUGGAUCGUAAUGUUCUUAUUUCCUCCAUUAAAAACAAAGCACUAACGGAAA